CCGAUAAUUACAAGCGUGCCAGUUAUAAAUAUGUAGAUUUUCCGCGGUCUCGUCAUAGUUAGAAUUGCAAUUGAAUCGGUGCAACGUGUUUCUUCAUCGUCUUUCCGUUCAAACUACAAAAUGAAUUCGAAGAGUUUGAUGCUUUUUGUUUCCGUUCUGUCGGUCAUCUUGGCGGUAACCUAUGCCGACGAGGAUGAAGACACAGAAACGUAUACUUCGAAGUACGACGAUAUUAACGUUGAUGAAAUUCUAACAAAUAGUAAACUUAGGAAGCAGUAUGAAAACUGCUAUUUGGACAAAGGACCUUGCGUCACACCGGAUGCCGUGUAUUUCAAAGACAAGUUUGUUGAUAUCUUCACGACGAACUGCAAAAAGUGCACUGCGAAGCAGGUGCAAUUCUAUGAUAAAAUUGUAUCGUGGUACGCAGAGAACGAUCAGGAUACCUGGAACACUAUUGUUGAAAAGACACUCGAAGAUGCUAGGAAACUCGGGAAAGCACAAUAAUUUUAUUCUUGGGAGAUGAGUAGUCAAACGAAGAAUCUAGUAGCGUAAUAUUUGUUCAGUAAUUCAUUUGAAUGAAAUAAAGAUGAAUAAAUAUAUAUAAAAU